GGUAACGUGAUGUCAGCGAGCCUCCAUUGCCCGGCAGGCCGCACGGGGCGCUGGAAGUGACAUCAGGCUGUAUCGCAUCCGGGGCAGGGCCCGGCGGCGCGUGGGGUCGGUCCGGCGGUGCUCGCGGUGCGGCCAUGGCGGACUCUACGCAGAACGGGCCCAUGCAAGGCGGAGCCGGCGGCGGAGCCGUGCAAUUUCUGAUGGCUAACAAGUUGGAUACAGCAAUGUGGAUUUCCCGCUUGUUCACAGUUUACUGCUCUGCUUUAUUUGUCCUGCCUCUUCUAGGGUUGCAUGAAGCAGCAAGCUUCUAUCAGCGUGCCUUGCUGGCAAAUGCUCUCACUAGUGCACUCCGACUACACCAAAGGCUGCCGCACUUCCAGCUUAGCAGGGCCUUUCUGGCCCAGGCUUUGCUGGAGGACAGCUGCCACUACCUGCUCUACUCUCUUAUCUUUGUGAAUUCCUACCCUGUCACAAUGAGUAUUUUCCCAGUUCUGCUGUUCUCUUUGCUUCACGCUGCCACGUACACAAAGAAGGUUCUUGAUGCACGAGGCUAUAAUAGCCUGCCCUUUCUGAGAAAUCUUCUAGAGAAACUGAGUGCUAAUCAACAGAAUAUUCUAAAAUUCAUUGCUUGCAAUGAAAUUUUUCUGAUGCCAGCCACAGUCUUUAUGCUCUUCAGUGGUCAAGGGAGUCUGCUCCAGCCAUUCAUUUACUACAGAUUUCUAACAUUACGCUACUCUUCUCGGAGGAACCCUUACUGCAGGACUCUCUUCACUGAGUUGAGAAUUGUUGUUGAACAUUUAAUAAUGAAGCCCUCAUGCCCUGUUUUUGUAAGAAGACUAUGUCUCAGCAGCAUUUCCUUUAUAAGCAGAUUGGCACCAACUGCUGCAUAGCCAAAUUUCAGACACGUGUCUAUUGUGAACAUUAUGAGCAGCUGGCACUUCUGCUGAUGAUUAAAUUUCUGGUUUUACAGUGAUCUCACUCCAGGCUGUAUAAAAAUGUGUCUUUGCUUUUCUCGGAGAUAAUAUAAAAUUUAGCAUAUCAAAUGUAAGUCAUGGGAACUUUAAAAUUACUGUGCUAUAUGGUAAUUGGUGGGAAAAAAAAGUAGCUGCAUUCUAUCCUAAACGUGCCCAGUCUUGCAGAAUUGUUUCUUAGAAAUCAUUAGUUGUUGGAUGCUGAUUAAAACUCUUUAAGAAGCCUGUGCAUAAUAGGUUUAUACUAGCUGGAACCAUUGCUAUGGUAGGAUUUCUCUAGCAGGUAGCACUGGUACAUAGACCUAGGCAGUACAUGUUGGACAGUAUUCUUCUGCUUACUAAAAAUAUAUAGAAUUAUUGUCCAAAUUAUUAUAUUCAGUGAAAAAUAUUGCCCACGUUUAAUUUAACAACAUUUAAAGGUUGUCAAGCUGGUAUAGUUGACGCCUUUUCAGAGGGAGAGCCUAUUCUCAUGUCAUUUAAAGAUAAGGUAAAAGCUCAGAAGUGUUAUGAUGUAGCCUUCUGUUAGGUUGCUGGGGGAAAUCUCAAGGCUCUGACCAUGGAGGAUUCAGCUGUCUUGUCAAAACAAGAUGUUUUACCAAGCCAAAUUGCUGACCUGGAGGCUUUUCAGACAAAGAUGCAAUGCUUAAACUUUUAACCAUCUCUUAAGUGAACUAAUCAAUGUAAAUGUUGUAACUUUUGGAGAAUCAUUGCGGAUGUGUUCUUGUGUCUACACAAAUGUGAGACUGCAGUAAUUCAAGCAUGUCUGCUUUUUAGAAGAUUAAUCUGUAGCUAGCUCUGUAUAAAUUGUUAUUCCAGUUUCUGAGACUCUUAUUGUAAUGGGAAAUUUGCAUAAAGGAUUGCACCUGUUCAGGCAGCUAUUGAAACAAAUUGCUGUAGGAUUUUUUGGCAUAAAUCCAUCUUAUGACUGAUGUGAAGGCAGCAUCAUGACUACAGAAGUGAAUAUUAAGUUGAGUGCCGAUUAUGUAUUCACCCGGCAGCUGAAAGGUAGGUCAUGGAAAAAGAGUAUUAUCUGCCCGAAUAUAAUGUCUUUCCAUAAGUUCAAGGCAAAGUAUUUGCCUAAUCUUAACUGGAGCUAAUGUUAAUAUUCUAAUUACAUAAAAUUAAAUGGGAUAAUUGGCCUUUUGUAAAAAUCCUAAGGUACUGCGUUCUUCUUCCGUGGUCAGAGAAAUGUGAAACACUUCUGAAAACAUUCUCAGAGCAAAGAAUGUAACUACUGAGUUAUCUUGUUUGCAGUGUGGAUGUAAUUUGGCCUUUUCAGAUGUUUUAGCUUGCAAUUUUAGAACCGUGUAUUUACACAUAAUUUUUUUGCUCAACCUCUUGGUACUAAUAAGGACCUGUUUUUGGUAAUUGAAUAUAUGAUACUCUUUGACUUCGCAUCUUGCUUUCUGAACAUGAUUACUUAUUUAUAGAACACUCGCAUACUGCAUAAACAACUGCAUGCAGUACUGCUUUACAGCUGCUAAGACUUGCAACAAGAUUCACUAUGUGUAUAUCCUGUAACUUGAGGAUUUUAUAAAACCUAAAAUUUUUACUGCAAUAAAAGGAGUGUUAAAUGUAAUUUGCUAGGCUCUUCAAGCUUAUUUUCGUUUUAACAGAAUGUGCUGAUACUUGAACCUCGAAGUUGAGCAGAAUGCAGUCUUGUGCUUAUAUGCGUGCACACUUGCCACUGCAGCUCUUGAAAUGGGACAACUCAGUGUCUUGUGCAUCUCUCUAAGUCAUAUUACAGAAAUUUUUGCUUUCUACAAUGCAAAAAUUUAUUGCUCUUUCCUUCAAAGCUUAACCCAAAAGUAGGCACUACAGCAAUGAUCUCAGAGGAGAAAUCUAGACCUGCUUCUUUGCCAUUUCACCUCUUCAGCACUGUUCUAGACCUUUUCAUAAACUAUAUGUUUUUGACUGGUGACAUCAGGCUCUGUUCAACUCUUUGCUUCUGAAUUGGGCAUCUUAAGUUCACCCCCCCAUCCUGGAAAGAGAAAGCAAAUAAAUGCUUUGGUAGUUAAUGUAAGCAUAACAACAUGUUUCUUUUGAGCAAGUUCUUCUGAUCAAAGACAGCUGCUGUGAGUGUGGUCUACUGUUCUUUAACUAUAUGCUGUCAUUAAAUUUGAGUGUGAAUUGGAAUUAAUAUAUUGCUGCUGUAACGGAAGGUUGCUAAGUCUGAGAUGCAGCUCUGUGAAUGGGGAAAGGUGAUUAAAAGGAAUAAGUGAAUGAGAUUACAGUGCAAAUCUAAACGUGGAUGUGAAACAAGCACUUUUUUGAUAAGUGGUAUUAAAAUGGGUUGCAGAGAAAUGUUUUGUCAUAGAAGGAGCUUGGUUUGGCUAGUGCUAUUCUCUUGGCUUUGUCAAAAGCUGCUUGACAAAACUGAGGCCUGGAUUUUGCUUGUGGCCUGGUGAAACUUAGAGGAGUGCCUCAGAAGUAUUGAAUAAAGGGAUAAGAAUAAUUUCCAAGCAAAAUAAACCAGGCAGCUCACCUGCACUCCGCAUCAACUUUGUUUUUAUUUAUUGUAGCCUUAUGUUGCCUUCCUGGUAAAACCAAGCUUUCUCAAUGCUAACAAAAACCAUUCUGCUCAUGUGCCUACUUCCUUAAUAACUGUUACUAUUCAUAUUACUUUGCUGUCAGCAGCUUGCUAUAACAGAAAUCUGUGAUAGCAGAAAGCGGUGAACCCCAAAUAUGAAGCAGAAGAGCUUUUGUCAUGGUGAAUGGUUGCCUACUAGAUAGCGCUAUUGUUCCCACUGAUAGGAAUCACACUGGUAAUUGUUUUAUUGUCUCAGCUUCCAUAAGUUAAAAGUGAUGUUGGAUACGUUUUUGGGUAGGUGCAAUCCUUGCUGUUCACAGGUCUGCUGUAGGUGUGAUAUUCUAGCGUAAUACUUAACCUGUUCUGUUCUCACCUGUAGAUAAAGAAAACAUCAGGACCAGUUGGGUCUAUUGGGAGCAGCUACUGCCAGUUGAGAUUUCUUACACACAAAGUAACCCACUAAUGCACAUCCAUCUUUUCCUUUUUAUCAUUAGGCUCCCAUAUUGUCAUGUUUGCUGUGCAGAUCUCUAAUUAAGCAAGUAUAGUUCUUGUCCAUUUUACAGAUAGGAAUUGAAGUGUGCGAGGAAAGGUUCAUCUCCUGAAGUGAUAUAAGAACUCUAGCAGAGCAAACAAUGGGAGGGAAAAACAAAAAUUGGGCAUUGGAGGGGCUGGUGAUUUGUUGCUAUACCAUGUAUGAUUCGGUCCUGUUUCCAAAAAGUACCGUAUCUUGCAGUGCUCAGAUUAAAGCUGGGAAAGACCAUAGAGCUAGAAGAGCAUGUUCCUUUAAAAUGUCACAAACUGCUUCGUACUUGGGAGAGCUCGGUAUGGCUCUGGUGUCUUUCUGUUGAGGGAAGAAAUAUGUGGCUGUGAGAUCAUGAGCACUUUCUGUGCUAGAUUUUAAUAGGCUAUGCCGAUCUGUUGCAAUUGUCUAUAAUUGCUGCCUAUAUUUGUGGUUAGAGUAUACUGAAAUAGUGUAUCUCUAUCCUUUAUUCCAAAGAUACGUUAUCAGUGUGGAUCAUGUAAUUGAAUUUAAUCUUAAACGUGGAUUCAACAAUACCUUUUUAAUGAACUGUCAGCAUUACUUAUUAAACUUUUUGCAAAAGCCAGCUCUGUGAUAAUGGCAGAUAUUGCCCAGGUAAGGGAGUUUCAUAGCUUAGCUCCGUGCCAUCCAGAUGGUACAAAUUUCUCAAAUGAAUUGAGAAAUUCAUCUUUUACUUGCAUUGAAGGACUGAGGCACAAAAUGCUAAUGUAAGGCUCAGAGGGGAAAUAUAGUUCUCCUGCAUAUUUGAGAAAAUGUGAAGCCCUUUCAAGAAAAUCUAAUAAACAUAAUAAUCACAGGCUGCUGACACUAAGGAAAAAGCACCUCAUUCGCUCUUUCUUUUAUGCAGCAAUUUACCGGUCCCUACUGAUUUUCAAAUUGGAUCACUGCAGUAAAUUAUCCAUGCCAGUACCUGUGAAGGAAAGCAUUGGGAUCCAUAUUUGUUUAGUGCUGUGCUUAAAUCAGCAGGAAUGAUAAAUUUGAUGGUAUAAAAUUGGAAAUACCAGGGGCUUUUCUCAGUGAAUGAGCAAGUAACUCCCUUAGUAAUUUACUGUGACCCUUCUCACUGUAUGCGCUUUGUAUGUCAAAUAUUUAUUUCAAAACAAAUUUAAUUGUUUUCUGUAUUGAUACAGCUACGGUUUGGUUGAUGUUAUUGAAAUCGAAUUGUAUAUAUAUAUUUUUUUCUGGAUGUAAGAUACUAUCAGUGUUACAUUGCAAAAUGGCGCUUGUUUAGAUUUCAGAGAUUGCAUUCCUGACCAAAAUCUUUAUGUGCUCAAUGUCUUAAGUGUGUGUUGUUUUGGUUUUUGUUUGUUCUGUUUAGGAUAGUGCAGGGAAUGCUGAGCUACUGCAGCUUGCUGUUUGCUUUUCCAGAUAAAACUAUUAAGCUGCAUAUUAGAACAAAAAGCUGAUCCUUGUUUUUUCAGUCAUUGGAACCAUUCUGCUUUACACGUAUUGUUUGUAAUAAUAUCUUCUGUGAAAAUCUAACUAUGUGCUCAGUUUACUGCUGGAUUUCCAUGCACAUCUUUAGUAGAGAAGGUUAACUACCUGUUUUGGCAGUAGUCUUGUCCUGUGAAUCUUCACAUAGGUUACUUUGUGUGAUGUAAUCAUAGUCACAUAGCUACAUAAGAGCAACUGCUGAUCUGAUAGAAUGGUCUUAGCCAGCACUUGCUGCUUGGAAUUUAUAUCUGUGUAGUAUUUUCUUUUGUAAGAAGUAAGCAAAAUCAUGAACCAGUAUGGUUUAAAAAUGUGACCCUGUGUUAUCCUCCUCUCGUGGGCUCAGCUGUUUAGUGAUGGCAUAUUUAAGUGCUUCUGUUCAACUCCAGCUCAAAUCACAUGGGAUUUAUUCUGUCACUGUUGGCUGCUACCACAGAGUUGCAGUCCUACGUUGCUUCUGGAGAAGCAGUAGUAUGAAUGAUAUUCUAAGGAGUCACAAAAGAUCUUACUCUUUAAAGAAAAUGGUUAAUGGGAAUUAAUUUCCCUUUACCUGGAGUUUGGCAUGUUUGACUCAUCUUGAGCAGUCUGGAAUCCUGCCUAGAGAGAAGAAAGCAGUUUUCUUGAGAAGGAGGAAGGAUUGUGAUAUUUUAAUUUGCAUUGUGUGCCCCUGUGAAUGUUCACCUAUGCACUUUGGCAACGUGAAGAGUUUGUUGCAUGGAGAUGGUGCAUCAGCCAGUCAAGAUAUUUGACAGGAAAAUUAAGUUGGAAAAUCAGAUAUGAGGGUGCAGGGCUAGAUUAUCAGCAAGGGUUAAUGUCAGCUGCGCUUUUCAUAAAGGGAGAAACCGAAAAGACUGGGGAGAAAAAAGAAAAUGGGAAAGAAUUCAGCUCCUAGGUAACUGAGGUAUGGAAAUUCUAUGGCACAUUAUAGCUUCCACAAACCCCAAUUUACCAUCCAUGAUUUUGCGAUGACAGUAUCCUCUGGACAGCAUUUAAAUUUUCUAGCUCCUAAGUUAUGUCUACUUUAUUCUGUAUAAAAACAACAUUGGAAUCUUUAGAUGCUGCUAUGCUGUAUGAGAGCAGACAGGCUGGUCUCGGUCUACCUGGAGGGAAAAAUAAAGGAGCUGUGGGAUUAUGUGGUUUUGUACAUAAUGUUUGAGACUUCUGUAGUGGAAAAGUAAAGAAAUAAAGCUUUACUAUGACCUGUA